CAAAUAGUAAACUGCAAAAACAAAAAAAAAGAUUCAAAAAAAGCUUAAUCGAAAGCAAACAAAAAUUCUCUGACAAUUCAUUGAAAACAAAAAAGAUCAGACCAAACUCUUAUCUUCACGAGAUUGAUUAACCAGUUUCUGUGUUUCCGUCUCUUUAUUGAUUUUGGUGUUACUCUUCUCUCCCUCCCUUCUGAGAGAGUUAUGGUGAAAUAAUGGCAGCAGCUGAAGCUAGAGCAGUUUGGCAAAGAACUGUUAACCGUUGCUUUGUCCAAGAAGACGCUAAAAGAGCUCCCAAGUUUACUUAUUGCCAAUCUUCUUCUUCCUCAACUCCUUCAUCAACUAAGCAAGUCGAAGACUCUGGUUCUUCUUCUUCUCGACCUUCUUCUUCUCUUGAACCACAACAUCAUCAGUCAUCUUGUUCAGGUUUCAUGCCUCUUCAUCGAACCCCUAAUUUCCCUGAUCUCUUACCUCACAACACCGGUUUGUGGACUCCUCACCACCCCUCCUUUCAGAUGGUGAAUAAGAAGCCAUUAGAGGUUAACAACAAUGAAGUCCUAACUGAGAAGAAGCCUGAAUUAGGAGCUGGAGAGAAGAAACAAGUAAAGACUUAUAAUUCAGAAAGCUUUCAAGAGUUUAUAGAGUUGAUGGAAACAAGGGAAAGUUAUGGUAGCUAUGAUGAGUCCACUGAGAAGAAGCUAAAUGAGCCAGCUUUUGAUCCGAGCUCACCAUGGAAUCCUCUCUCAAACGAGAAAGCUGAACCGUGGUGGCGAACCACGGAUAAAGAUGAAUUAGCUUCCUUGGUUGCACAAAGAUCACUAGACUACGUUGAGAACUGUGAUCUUCCAACACCACAGAAGAUGAAACGCUCUUAUUAUGGUAGUCCACGUGAUGGUUUCAGAGAUUACUCUGUCUCUAACCAACAAACCAUCAACGAGCAUGGACCAAGCAGAGGAAACAGCUUCAAGAACAGAACCGAUGCUUCGUCUGAGUCUGAUUUAAGCAAAUCAGAGUUACUAGAAGCGCUGAGGCAUUCUCAAACACGAGCUAGGGAAGCGGAGAACAUGGCUAAAGAAGCUUGUGCGGAGAAAGAGCACUUGGUGAAGCUCUUGUUUAAGCAAGCAUCAGAGCUUUUCGGGUAUAAGCAAUGGUUACAACUGCUUCAGCUUGAAGCACUUUACCUCCAAAUAAAGAACAAGAAGAUUGAGAAUAACAACAACAACAGCAAAAAGAGCAACGAAAAGCCACAGGUUUCCAUCCCAUGGAGCAAUUGCAAAGCAAGAAAAGGUGGGAGGAAGAGAAGAAGCAAAAGUGGUAAAACGAAUGGAGCUAAGUAUGCAGUUAGUUUAGCUUUGGGGAUGAGUCUUGUUGGUGCUGGUUUGCUACUUGGAUGGACUGUUGGAUGGAUGCAGAUGCUAUCGUUCUAAUCAAAAGAUAAAAGAAAAGAGACAAGAGACAGAGAGACCUCGAAAGGUUUAAUUGAGAAGAAAAAAAAAUCAUCUUUUCCCACAGUGAAUAGAGCUUUGAUGGUCUUGAAUUAGAGUUUUUAAGGUUUGCUUCGAAUGCAGCUUUUGGAUUUGGUUAAUGAGAAUGUAAAUUGUUGUAAGAAUUUUGUUAAUAUUGUGCUUUUUUCCUCUAUUUUUUUCUUGAAAAUCAGAAGAAAUUAUCUUUCCUGAAUGUAAUGUAAGCAAGUAUGUAUCUUCAUGUAAAAAUCUGCAUAUAUUACUUUUUCUUAGCUAUAUAUGAUCCCUCUUUCAUGUAUAGAUGAUCUAUAAUAGAUCAUGGUUUUUGGGAUCAAUUGAAAUUUGAAAGACUU